AUGACCCAGCAAUCGCAGCUUAACCUUACUCCUCAGGCCCUGGCGGCGCUUUUAGAGGCGCUUAAUGCGCUCAAUUUGAAUGCCAACAAUGCCAGCACGUCCACCUCUGCUCCUGGAGAGCCGGAGGGUGAACCAGCUCCUGCUCCCAUUGCUGAGUCGACUCAGGGAGCCGUCGCUGGUUCCGCCGUCGCCAGUCCCUCCCCUGCCCAAGCUCCUGGUAACCUCUGGUGCUUCCUCCAACACUGCCCGGUGUGGUGUUGCAUCCGUUCACUAGAACCCUCCUCCCUGCUGUCUAUGCAGCCAGGCAGAUCGUCGUCAGUCCUCUUGUGUCCCUCCUACCCAACAGCCACCAGCACAAGUCCACUCUGGCUUCCAUUGUUCGCACUAUGGUGUGCAUUCAAUCCCGCUGUUGGGCAGUCCAGUGAAGCGUGGUACGUUGUUACUGCAGGCCGUGAGGUUGGUAUAUUCUCCAAUUGGGAAGUCAUUCAGCCCUUGGUGUCUGGCAUUGCACAUGCAUGCCAUUGCAAGUAUAAGACGUGUGCAGAGGCCGAGGAGGCAUUCCAGACGGCACUCAGCCAGGGCAAAGUCUGUGUUCUUUGA